GAGGGGUAUAAAAACGCUCCCGUCAGAUCUCUGUACAUCAGUCGUUCUCAAGUCUUCACUCUCUAAGCUUCGUCUUCAUUUUUUAGUCCUAUUUGAUUUCCAGCAAUUUUAUCAACCCUCUGACAAGAUCUACAGCACAAUGUUGUUUCCCGCCGUGUUACUGCUGUCUUGCAUGUGGACUUCGACAUUGGCUGGCAAUGAAUUGAGUGCGUUGAAUGUCAGCCCCACAAACGCGUCUACGAACACUACCGUCCAGAUCCCUUCAAUGAUUUUUUCUCACCUUCCGAAAGCCAUACGUACCAAGGGCAAUCAGACUUUGCAUACAUCAAUUCCACAUUCAAAGAUAAAAAUCACCAGUGUUGAUGCCAAAGAUAACAAAGUAAUGGCUGCAAAUACAACAACGACGAGCAAGUUGGGCGCCAUAACUCUACCGGCAAUUGUACGUAAUUUGAAAAAUGGCGACGACCGUUCUAAUUCAAGUAGACUGCUGGACCGAUUUGCAUCGAUUUCGAAGGUUUCUUUGGCGAGUUUGGCGUCAACCAAAAUUAGCAACGUUUCAAAUAAAACGUCAACACCAAGAAAUGAACGGGCAUCUGCCAACAUAACUCUGGUUGAGUUGAAGAACGCCACUGAUCGGGCCAACAGGACCAUUGCAAAACGUGCAGUGCAUAAUUCUACAGUGGUAGAUAGAGCGUCGUCGUUUUUCCACAAGCUACCCGUCGUGUUGGUAAAUACCACAUCCAAUGUUACAUCCUGGGUUAGGAGGCUGUUCAGUCCUGGUAACAAUGCAUCUGCGAACGUAACUACGAAAAAAGUCACCCGGGACACACUUGCAGCUGAACUCAAGUCUCUCGUUAACUCAUCUCAAACAAGCAAAUCUACAGUAAAUUUGACGACGGAAAGCAAGGCAAAAUCUGGUGAUGAUCUUGGUGCUAAUGAAGAAGAGAAAAGCGAUCUAUUCAACACAACUUCGAUACUGAAUCUGACAUCCGCCACGAUCAAGCGAGAUACCGGAAACAAGACAGUUGAUGUACCAACAACGAAGGGAAGUAAUUCAUCGCUAGCUAAUGCUACUAAAGAAGAGAUCAAGCCCGAUGCUAAAAACUCAGAAGGCUCUUUGCGUCUAUCAAACGUCACACCUUUGCCUGUGGUGGCAGUUGACGAUGGAGUUCCUUCCACGAAGCUCAACGAUGAAACUCCAGUAACAACUGCGAACGCUUCACUGACCUCGAAAUCGUUGGAUUUAUCUAACAAUCGUACUCGACGUCAUAAUAACCCCUCACGCUAUGGCCGGCCUGCUCAGCCGCAAUACAUGAUGCCCACUACGCCAGCUCCUAGUUACCAAGGCUACACUACUUCUGCACCCUACCAACCUGCUGCUCCUGUUUACGGAAUGGCUCCUGCUGUCCCUGCUACUCCUGCUGCCCCCUCUUACGGAAUGGCUCCUGCUGCCCCAGCUGCCCCCUCUUACGGAAUGGCUCCUGCUGCCCCAGCUGCCCCCGCUUACGGAAUGGCUCCUGCUGCCCCAACUGCCCCCGCUUACGGAAUGGCUCCUGCUGCCCCAGCUGCCCCAGCUGCCCCCGCUUACGGAAUGGCUCCUGCUGCCCCAGCUGCCCCCGCUUACGGAAUGGCUCCUGCUGCCCCAGCUGCCCCCGCUUACGGAAUGGCUCCUGCUGCCCCAGCUGCCCCCGCUUACGGAAUGGCUCCUGCUGCCCCCACCUACGGAAUGGCUCCCAUUGCCCCUGCUACUCCUGCUGCCCCAUCCGCUCCCACCUACGGAAUGGCUCCAGUUGCCCCAUCGGCCCCCACCUACGGAAUGGCUCCAGCUGCCCCAUCGGUCCCCACCUACGGAAUGACUCCAGCUGCCCCAUCGGUCCCCACCUACGGAAUGACUCCAGCUGCCCCAUCGGCCCCUGCAUACGGAAUGGCUCCAGCUGUUCCUAUGGCCUAUGGAAUGGCUGCCACUACACCCAGCUAUGGCAUGCCGACAGAAUCUUACUACACUGCUCCCCCACCGACGUACACUACUAGUGCACCGUACAGCGCGCAGUCAACCACCGCUGCUUAUGGACCUGCCCCUGUUAGUUCUGCAGCGCAGCCCUAUGGUGGGUCAAUGCCAUCUCGUCCGUCGGCCACUGCGUCACCAUGGCUUUAAUUUAAUUAUUGUAGAAGCAGAUAGCACGAUUUCCAACUGCAUUUGA